AUGACGGUGAAACGAUUUACGAAUGCAAGAGCUAUUUUAAAACAGAGGUUAGGACAGUCACGAUUUUACAACCAUUUCCCAAAUAUGGCAGAAAAAGCUGAAAUUGUGAGAGAAAUUGCUGAGUUAACCAAGAAACGAAGCAGUUAUAAAGGUCGGAUCACAAUUUUUUCUGGCUAUUUGAAAUCACUGGACAGUAGCACAGCUUCACCAACUACUAAGGACAUUAGUGAGUUGGAAUUACGCAUAGGUAAGUUAGAUAUGUUGUACGCUCAAUACGAUGAAACUCAAACACGGUUAGAGUGCAUCUCAGAUAACAUUGACCAACAGUUGGCUGAACGUGAGGAGUUCGAAUGUAGGUACUACAAGGCACUAAGCCAGGGACAAGAGAUGCUGGCAAAUUACAAACGGUCUCAAGUGCCGCUCCCUACUGAUUAUGGUUCACACUCUGGCAAACUAAACCCGGUCAAGUUACCUACCAUCCAGCUUCCCAAAUUUAGUGGGGCAUAUAAUAACUGGCUGGAGUUCAGAGACACCUUUACCAGUCUCAUUCACAACAAUGACGACUUAGAUGAUGUUAAUAAAUUCCACUAUUUAAGAACAUCAUUAGAGGGGUCUGCCGCUGUGGUAAUUUCAUCCAUUGAGUUCUCAUCUAGUAAUUAUAAUGUAGCAUGGAAACUUAUGUGUGAUCGAUUCGAUAAUAAGCGUUUGUUGAUACAAAACCAUGUUGCUGCUUUAUUUAAUAUCGAACCGGUCACACGGGAAUCCGCUACUAAUUUAAAGCACAUUUUAGAUCAAUUAAAUAAAAACCUCCGUGCUUUAGAAUCAUUAGGCGAGCCUGUUAAGCAGUGGGAUACGCUUCUCAUUUACAUUAUUACACAUAAGUUGGACAGUAAAACUUAUCGUGAAUGGGAAGAGUACAAAGGCCGCUUGGACAGCAACAAACGUAUAGAGCUACAAGACUUCCUAGAUUUCGUAAGAAUGCGUACGAAUAUACUUGAUACAAUUGAAUUUUCGCGUCAGACGCCUCAACAUAACUCAAAUCAUAAACCGUCAAAAGUAAAGGCUAUGGUGACAACACAAACGAAUGAUAAUAAUUCAAGUUCAAAGGACUUUUGUCCCAAAUGCAGUGCCAUGCAUAAAUUGAGUACUUGCCCUCAAUUUUUAGCGUUAAGUAAUGAAGAGCGCCUGCAAUUAUUACCUACUUUUAAGGUUUGUUUCAACUGUUUUUCGAAAUCUCAUUUUUCAAAUAAUUGUAAGAAAAAUGGGUGUAAAAUUUGUAAAAGAAAGCACUCAGUUUUAGUACAUGUUACAGACAAGCAGAAGCCGGCUGUGCGUAGCGAGAGCACUGAAAGUGUCAGCGCGACUCCCUCCACCACCAAUCCAAGUAAUAACUUAACCUUAUCAGCGAGCGUGUCGUCCGCGAGUCUUAAUGUAACUAGUCGUCGUGGGGACGUUCUAUUAUCGACUGCGCUAAUUAAGUUAUAUGAUUCAAAUAAUCGCGAACAUAUCGGACGCGCUGUUUUGGAUUCUGGUAGCACUUCCAGCCUACUGUCAGAAAAGAUGUUUCGUCAGUUAAAUCUGCCUUAUAAUCACAUCGAUCAAUCUGUACUGGGUAUUAAUAAUGCAUCCACGCAUAUUAAUAAAAUGUGUCGUUUACGGUUGAAGUCAUUAAAUGACACAUUUAUGACUAAUUUACAUUGUUUUAUUUUGCCUUCGUUAACAGAUAAUGUACCGUGUCGUUCGCUCGACAUUUCAAACCUCAAUCUACCUACUGACGUUUGCUUAGCGGAUCCUCAUUUCUACGCACCGGCGUCAGUGGAUUUAAUAUUAGGUGCUGAUAUUUUCUGGGACAUUAUAGGAUCGCAGAGAAUUAAUUUAGGCGAUGAUAAACCUACUCUUUGCGAGACUAGGUUAGGGUGGAUAAUUUCUGGCCCGAUGAAUAAUAGAUUUUUUACAUCAUAUCUACCUAACCCUAUUCAAUGUAAUUACGUCAACACUAAUUCAACCACUGAUAUACAAAAUCAAGAUAUACAGAAUCAACUCGCGCGUUUUUGGAAUUUAGAAGAAGUAAAUAUUUCAAAUUUAUCUACUUAUUCACCGGAACAGAAAUUAUGUGAGGAGCAUUUUAUAAAAAACACUACUCGCUUAGAAGACGGUCGUUUUUGUGUGAGAAUCCCAUUAAAAGAAAAUCCUAGUGUUUUAGGUGAUUCUUUACAACGAGCCAAGCAGUGUUUUUUGUCUUUAGAACGCAGGCUUCUUAAACAACCAAAACUUUAUGAAAUGUACCGCGAGUUCAUGUCAGAAUAUCAGUCGUUGGGUCACAUGUCUGAAUGUGAACUUAGUUUGGAUAGUAAUGCACAUUUUAUCCCACAUCAUGGUGUGUUGCGUGAGAGCAGUGCGACCACAAAAUUAAGGGCCGUAUUUAACGCUAGUUCCUCUACCACCAGCACUAAUAUUAGUCUAAACAGUAUUCAGAUGGUAGGUCCAACGGUACAGGACGAUCUUCUGUCCAUUCUUCUGAGAUUUAGGCAACACAAGUACGUCAUUUUAGCCGACGUGGAGAAAAUGUAUCGGCAGAUACUUGUGCAUCCUGACGAUAGGUACUUACAGCGUAUAAUAUGGCGUGACAACCCUAACCAACCACUUAAGGCAUUUGAAUUAAAUACUGUAACGUAUGGUACAGCAAGUGCGCCUUUUCUUGCUACCAGAUGCCUUAAGCAGCUAGGACUUGAAUGUAAGGACAAUCAGAUCGCUGAAAUCAUCCUUCAUGAUUUUUACGUCGAUGAUCUGUUGAGUGGCGGGGAUGAUUUGAACGUAGUGCGGAACAUUCGUAGUGAAGUAACGGCUACCCUCGCCUCUGCUCGCUUGCCACUGAGAAAGUGGAAGUCUAAUGAGCCUCAGUUAGUUUCAGAGUCCACUGAGUCCACGCAUGAUUUAAAUGUAGGCGGUAAUGAGCCAAGCAAAACAUUAGGUUUAGGAUGGCAACCUGAAUCUGAUGAGUUGCAUUUUCCGAUCGGUACUUCGAUCGCAGUGAAGGGAAACUCAAAACGUGAUAUCCUUUCUGUAAUUUCCCAGAUAUUCGAUCCAUUAGGGCUGGUUUCUCCGGUUGUUAUUAAAUUAAAAAUAAUACUGCAAAGCUUGUGGUUACAAAAUUUAUCGUGGGAUGAUCCAUUGACGCCGGAGAUUCAAGAAGCUUGGUGCGAAGCAAUUAAAAACCUGCAUGUUUUGAAUAAUCUACGUGUACCACGCCGCGUGUUAAUAGAUUCGUUCAUGCGUUUAGAAUUUCACGUAUUUUCCGACGCUUCGGAAAGGGCUUACGGUGCGUGUCUUUACGUCCGUAGCAUUGAUAGUAGUGGCAGAAUCUUAGUGCAAUUAUUACUUGCUAAGAGUAGGGUGGCACCCAUUAAAGCCACAACUAUCCCUAGGCUUGAGCUUUGCGGGGCUCAGGUUGCAGCUAAGCUGUAUGAAAAGGUUAUCAGCUCGCUAAGAGUCAAAGCAGCGUGUACCGUUUUUUGGACCGACUCCACUAUUGUAUUAGGUUGGCUUAAGAUGUUGCCAAGUAAGUUACACACAUUUGUUCGUAAUCGCGUCGGAGAUAUUUUAGAAAAGACCGGUGAUUGCGUAUGGCGACACGUUCCUACUGAGGAAAACCCAGCGGAUUAUGUGUCACGUGGUGUUAGUGUUGACACUAUUCAGUCUCUCGAUAUGUGGUGGUCAGGACCAACUUUUUUGAAGGAGCCUAAUAGCUAUUGGCCUUCUACGUCAGUACGUUCCGAUUCGCUACCCGAAACGCGUACUGAAUUGUCAUGUUUAGUUAAGACGGAAAAUCCAUCUGAAUUUAUUGAAUUUGAUCGUUUUUCUAAUUUCAAUAGGCUUAGACGUGCAGUAGCGUAUAUGCUACGUUUUGUUGAAGCAUGUAGAGGACGACGCGCUACAACCAAUUUUCUCACUGAAACUGAAUUAAAUAAUUCAUUAAACGUCAUUAUUCGCACAUCUCAGAAGGAAUCCUUUACCGAGUAUGAUCUUUUAUUGAAUAAGAAAAACUUGCCUGCGAAGAGUGCUUUAUUAAAAUUCAACGUGUUUUUAGAUGAGAAUAAUUUAAUGCGAGUUGGCGGUCGUAUCAGAAACUCAGAAUUUUCGUAUGAUAAAAAACAUCCUUUAAUUUUACAGUCCACUCAUCGAUUUACCCAGUUAUUAUUUAAAUACGAACAUACGAAGCUCAUGCACGCUGGGCCACAAUUAUUGUUGGCAUCGAUUAGAGAGGUUUACUGGCCAAUCGGUGGCCGUAAUUUAGCAAAAUCUACUUAUCGUCGUUGCAUUAGAUGCACACGAAUGAAAGGAAGUGUUGUAGCUCCUAUUAUGGGUGAUUUGCCGCGACGGCGUCUUACUCCCGGUGGUUACCCCUUUGAAACCGUUGGUGUUGACUAUGCGGGCCCUAUAUCUUCCGCAAGUCGUCAAGGACGUGGUUGUCGUAUUGUAAAGGUGUACAUCGCCAUUUUUAUAUGUUUCACUACAAAGGCCAUUCAUUUGGAAUUGGUGGGAGACUUGACAACGAUUCCGACUGAAGAUUACCAAGACGGCAAAGCGGACACACAUCUUACGAGAUACCAACGGAUUGAGCAACUCCGGCAGCAUUUCUGGGCACGAUGGAGCAAGGAGUACGUUUCGGAACUGCAGAAACGUACAAAAUGGCAGACACCAUACCACUCAUUGGAACUCAAUUCCUUGGUCCUUCUGAAGGAGGAGAACCUGCCUCCGUUAAGGUGGAAACUGGGUCGAAUUGUGGCACUUUUUCCCGGCCCAGAUCAAGUCGCACGAGUGGCUGACGUGAAAACCGCCAGUGGCAUAGCCCGGACUCCACCAGAGUGGAGAUAUGCGGAGGUGUCUGAAGCGGAGACGAGAAGAUAUGUUUUCAGCAAGGGUGUGUAUCCACCGAAGCUGUGCGGAGAUGUGUACUGGCUAGACUGGAACGGAGAUGUGAGCUGGCUAGAGCGGAGAUGUCCGCUGGCUAGAGCGCUGUCUAGCCAGUGGACAUCUCCGUUCUCGUCUCCGCUAAACGCCGUCUCCAGCUUGCGAGGGACAGCUUACAUCUCCGCUUUGUACCGCCGCCCAGCUCAGGCACAACCCACAUCUCCGCAUCGAUUGUGCCAUACAAAUAUGAUACAUCUCCACUCAGUGGUAUCCACUGAAGCAGAGCAGAGGUCCUCUCGCCUCGUCUCCGCUCUGGUGGAGUCCGGGCCUUACCCAACAAUAUAG